UCUCUCACAGAUUGCUAAGAUGGGAGGAGAGCAGAUGCAGCAUCUGAAUAACUCGUCUCCAGUCGUCGAUGCCUCGCUGUAUGGCUUCGGAGGACAGAAACGCUCGCUGGACGAAGGAGUGGCGAGCCAGCUCGGUGCAAUGGUGCAUGGUACAAGGGCUAUAAUAACAGAAGAGUUCAAAGUGCCUGAUAAGAUGGUUGGAUUCAUCAUUGGACGCGGCGGCGAGCAGAUCACGAGAAUUCAGCUGGAAUCCAACUGUAAGAUCCAGAUCGCCUCUGACAGUGGAGGCAUGAUGGACAGGCCUUGCACCCUGACUGGGACCCCAGAAAGCAUCGAGCAGGCCAAGCGGUUUUUGGGGCAGAUCGUGGACCGGUGUCGGAACGGACCGGGCUUCCACACUCAGAUGGACGGGAACAGCGCUAUCCAAGAGAUCCUGAUCCCGGCCAGUAAAGUCGGCCUGGUCAUCGGGAAGGGAGGCGACACCAUCAAACAGCUGCAGGAGAGGACAGGAGUAAAGAUGAUCAUGAUUCAGGACGACCCGAUGCCCACUGGAUCAGACAAGCCCUUGAGAAUCACUGGAGACCCUUAUAAAGUUCAGCAAGCGCGGGAGCUGGUGCUGGAGAUGCCCAGAUUCGCCGUGGGAAUCGUCAUUGGCAGAAACGGCGAGAUGAUCAAGAAGAUCCAGAACGAUGCAGGAGUCAGGAUCCAGUUUAAGCCAGAUGACGGGAUCAGUCCGGACCGGAUCGCUCAAGUCAUGGGUCAACCGGACCGGUGUCAGCACGCGGUUCACCUCAUCAAUGAUCUGGUCCAAACGGCACAGGAGCGUGAUGGGUUCGGAGGCCCGGUUGGACCCAGAGGUCGCGGCAGAGGUCGCGGGGAUUGGAGCAUGGGAUCUCCCGGAGGCCUGCAGGAAGUGACCUACACAAUACCAGCUGAUAAGUGCGGCCUCGUGAUCGGGAAAGGUGGAGAGACCAUAAAGAGCAUCAACCAGCAGUCUGGAGCUCAUGUGGAGCUGCAGAGAAAUCCUCCUCCGAACACCGACCCAAACGUCCGGAUCUUCUCCAUCCGCGGAUCUCCUCAGCAGAUGGAGAUGGCCAGACAGCUGAUCGACGAGAAGAUCGGGGGGUCUGGAUUGGGAGGAAGCAGCAGUUUUGGACUCGGCCCUUUCACCCAAGGGCCUGCGACUCCUCAUCAGAAUGGUCCGCAGACGUUCAUGACUGGAGGUUGGGGAACCACGUACCAGACAUGGCAGCCUCAGAGCCAGCAGGACCCCAGUCACAAUGGAUCCCAGACCGGCCAGAUGGACUAUUCCAAAGCGUGGGAGCAGUAUUAUAAAAAGCUAGGUCAGCAGAACCAAGGCCAGAGCAGCGGCUCCGAAUACAGCAAAGCAUGGGAGGAGUAUUACAAGAAACAGACUCAGCCCGCCGGUCCUGGAUCUCAGCAGAGCUCUCCUCCAGACUAUAGCGCCGCCUGGGUGGAGUAUUACAGACAGCAGGGGGCGUAUUAUGGCCAGGGACAGACGCAGGCUCCCAGCCUCCCGGAUCAUUAAAGCGGGCGACUGCAGACCCUUUAGUUGAAGAUUUUUGAAUCACCGCGAGGAGGAAACAGACCUUUUGUAACAGAGGUUUCUAGAUUUGCAACGCCUUGAAGACUUUUACUUUUUUUUCUUAGUGAGAAACACUAGCUGUAGAAUGACUUAUAUGAUUUAAAAAGAGAACUAUUUCUAAAUCAGGACAUCAAAUUGUUACUAAAUACUUGUGUGCACCAUUAUUCGAAUGGGCGAUUUCCGGGAUCCCUUUUUGGACCGUUUCAGAGUUGGUUUGUUUUCUAUUCUUCCUUUUUAAUUCUACGAUAUAUAUAUAUAGAUGUGUAUCGCCAAAACGAACCCCGGAGUCGCGGCGUCUCAUCGAUCGCGCGAUAUAAUCUCUUAUUUUUCUAGUUCUGUUGCAAUAAAAUGACCGCGGGCUUAGCAGUCUUGAAUUCGUUAUCGUUUCGUUUUGUCGUGAAAUGUUUUAAGAAUGUGUACAAAAUGUUUUCUUUUUUUACAUAAAGCAUUUUAAUUCAGUGCGAUGAAAAACUGUGAUGUUUUUGUUACAGGAAUAUAUGCUUUUGUUACACGAGAAACGCAACGAUGAUGUAAUUCCUCAUGUACUUGUAUUCUGUUUUCAUUGUCAUUUUAUUGUACUCUGGUUUAAAAAGGUGCAAUAUCUAAUUUCCUUUUUUUUUUUUUUUUGGAAACUAAGAUGGAUUUCUCUAAUAUUUUGACAGACGUUUAACUUGUAGUUCGUAGAGGUUUUUUGUAGUCGUAUGCAAAUGUAAUGGAUAAUUUUUUUAUUACGGUGAUUUGGCGGGAAAGUGUGGUCUUGCGUAUCGUGAGGUGGUUUUUUUGCCUUUGCUCUCUUGUAAAACUAUGUAUGUAUGCUCAGAUACUUGACUAAAUACUUUAUUUAAAAAUAUAUAUAUAUAAUUAAAUCAAAGACUUUUUUGUCCUGCGUUUUUACAGGAAAACUCCCUGUUUUUCUGUUCUGUUUUCAUACUGAAAUUUGUCAAAGAUUGUGAAUGUGUGAUUUGAAAUUUGAUGUUGCAUCUUGCUGACGGAUGAGACGUUUUAUGUGUGUGUAGUUCUGUAAACUUCGACUUUAAAGCGUUCAAGACUGCUAAGCCUCGGAGAGCCUACCUGUGUAUUAAUUACUUGUAGUUUUUUAUAUUCCGAGUAUUGGAAGAUCAAAGUUCUUGUCUUACUUGUUCUCGCCGGUCCCUCGACUUCACCACAACACACUGUGCGCUCCUGUACAGUCCCGAUCCCGUCACUUUUUAAUUCAGAUUUUGCUUUCUACUCUGUGUGAUCUAAUAUAUGUAUGAUUGAUUAGUUACAAAUUGAUCUAGUAUUAACUUCAUUGCUUAAUGAAAAGGGAUAUUAUAAUUUCAAAAUGUUUAAUUUUAGUGUUUCUUUUCUUCCUCAUGUGUACAGGUAACCAUGUAUUAAAAUGAUUGAAAGAC